AUGAAAUUUUUCAUCAUUCUUUUUACUCUCCUUUCAUGCUUAUCGACGUAUGAGACAACGAUAUUAUGGAGAAUUAACACAAAUCCUCCAGCGUAUCUUUUCGGAACGAUUCACUUACCUCAACCGGAAAUUUGGUCGUCACUUUCGAAUACAGUGAAAUCUGCAUUUGAGAAUAGUACACAUUUUCUUCCUGAAUUCGACGUCACAAAUUUCUUCUCAUUUGCUCGAGUAAGAAUGUGUAUGAAUUCGUAUAUGUCAUCAAAAGGAAGAGGACAACCACCCGCACCACCACCGUCAGGAACGAUGAAUCAACACGGACCUCAAGCACCACUUCUUGACAUUUAUCUAGCGAUGGAAGCUCGUCGUGAAGGAAAGAAUGUCGAUUCACUGGAGACUGCUGAUAUCUACUGUGAAUUUACAAAGUUUCAAAUGGAGAGUUUUUCGAAUACUAAUAUUCCAGGUAAUUCAGCACAGCAAUCGUUUCCCAAUGAACAGAGCAAUAUGGAAAUCAAACGCGUAUACAAUUGUGAUAUAAAUCUUCCACAAGAACUUCUGGCACCAUCAACAGUUCAGAUAGAAGAUAAAGCUUUGUUGGCAUUCAAACAACGUCUAGAGGAAAUUGUUGGACGUCGUGAUACUCUAAUGACAGCAAAAAUUAAUAGUUUACUCAAAGAAAAUUCGACCGAUAAACGAUACUUCUUUGCAGUAGGUUUCAUGCAUUUGAUGAGUCCGACAGGUAUCAUAGCUAAAUUGAGAGAAAACUAUGGUUAUUCGGUUACACGCUUAUGUACGGAUCCACCUCACUUUCGCACAACAUUAGGAUGUCAAGCGUCAAGUUGGUGUGAUACAAUAGCAGGAUUAUAA